AUGUCCACCCAAGACGAACACGCAGCCAAGCGCAUGCGCAUCGGCGACAUUGAUCCUUCCCUCACCGAUGAUCUCCAUUCUGACACCUACAAUCCCACCGACGCGUCCUUGAUCACCCCCACCUUCCACCUGCCCGCCGACACCACUUCCUACAAUCAGCAAUACCACUGGCCUGCUGAGCCUGCCCCGGCACCCUCCUCUGCCGUUCUCGAGGCCUUGGCAAUCGCCCCGCUGCCCACUCAGGACAUGCACUCCCUGGCUGCGGAUGGGGGCAUGCAGGUGCCCCUGGACGGCUUGCGCUUCGCGGAGGACACGCUGCACGCGGCGGUCGCGUCCGGAAGCGCGCACGCGGCUGCGAGUGCGGCAGCUCCAGGGACCUCCGACCUUCCUGCUCAGGUCACGAUGACGACUCGGGCGAGCGGAUCACGUGCAGCAAGCGGUGCCAGUCUGGGCGUCGGGGAGAGUCGGGCGGCAAAGCGGACGGCUUCAGAGGCGGCAGAGGUGGAGGACGAUGGGGAGGCGGAAGGGAGCGAGAGUAAUCCUCCGAGGCAGACGCCCUUUAGUCGUACACCGGAGCUCAAGGUGCACCACAAAUUGGCGGAACGGGCGAGGCGGAAGGAGAUGAAGGAUCUUUUCGACGAGUUGCGGGAAUUGUUGCCGACGGAGAAGGGGACCAAGUCUAGCAAGUGGGAGAUACUUCGUAAAGCUACCGAGUAUAUUCAAACCCUCCGCCAAGGUCAAGCAGAUCUCGUGGCUGAGCUCGAGCGACUGCGGCGCGAUCUGGACAUGGUGGGAGGGGGAGUGAUGGACGGGUACGCAACGGUCAUCAGCGCGGCGGCGGAGGCGAUGGAGAAUGCUGAGCAGAUCGGCGAGGCGGCAGAUGGAAUGGCGCAAGCUUCGGAGAUGGCGAUGGAGGGGAACGAGGAGGUGCAUGCUGGCGCGGAGGUCCAGACUCUGGGCCAGGCCACGGAGGGACAGGAGAUUCCGCAGGCUUAG